AUGAACACCGAUGCCGUCUGGGUGGGCAAACCCCAGCUGAUCCUGUGCGACAUUGAGGGCACCACCACCUCUAUCACCUUCGUCAAGGAUGUCCUCUUUCCGUAUGUGCGUGAGCACCUCCGCGAGUACCUUCGCACCACCUGGACUAGCAGCCAAACUCGAGAGGACAUUGCCUGUCUGUGGGCGCAGUACAGCGUCGAUUGCCAGACUGCUAAGACUGAGACAACCGAUCCGCAGUUUCCCGCUGGCCUGUCUGACUUUGGACAUUUCUCUGAAGAGCAGACCUCUGCAUCGACUGCUAAUAAUGAGACGACCAUCGAGGCGAUCAGCUCGUACGUCUUCUGGGCAAUGGACCGGGACCGGAAGACGACGGCGCUGAAGCAGCUGCAGGGCAACAUCUGGCGCAGUGGCUACCAGGGUGGAGCGCUCAAGGCGCAUGUCUACGACGAAGUGCCCGCCAAGUUCCGGCAGUGGACCGAGGUGGAGCAGAUCCGACUGGCCAUCUACUCCUCGGGCAGUGUCCUCGCCCAGAAACUUCUUUUUGCACACACACUCGCCGGUGAUUUGACUCAGUACAUCAGCGCCUACUUUGACACCAAAGUGGGCGCCAAGCAGGAGACGACCAGCUACGAGAACAUCAGCGCUCAGCUCGCACUGCCUCCCUCUGCCAUUCUCUUUCUGACGGACAUUGCCGGCGAGGCGAGGGCGGCCACUGAGGCGGGAAUGACCGCCAUCCUCCUCACCAGAGAUGGACAGCAACAGCAUCAGCCAUUCCAAAGUGUGAACAACUUUGAGCAGAUUCGCUUUCUCCACAACUAA